AAAGGACCUUGACAAUCACGGUUUUGAGUUGGUAAACAUCGUUGACCUCAUGGUGGGGGACGAGGCUGCAUUGAAAAUACAUCCAGACGUUCGUAAUUACUGGGGGUGUGAGGGAGACCCAUCAUGGCAGGUGACAUGAUGUUGGUGAUGCUUGGCUUGACCAAGCUGAGCCAGGCGGUAAUAGAGACUCAGGCCAUCACACUGCGUAUUGGAGGAGCCCAGGCCAUGGCCCAGAGCAUGCAGAUGACUGCAGAGCAGAGCCUGGUAGUAGCCAUGCAGAAGAUGCAGGAGUUUUGUGGGCAGCAGCAAAGUGUGUCUGAUGACUUCCCAGCAGACAUGGACAGCAAGUAUGACUUCUCCGGAGCAGAGGGGAGCAGCAUGGACCGUGGGGAACACGUAGGGUCAGGGUUCAGGGAAGAGGGACAAGGCUUCUCCUCAGAGGGGAUGGGGACCACAGACCGAGCGACCUGCGGGACGUACAACGGCCAGGCCUCAGUCAAAUCCAAGCUGUUUGAGGGCUACAAGAACCCCAACAGCCAGUUCUCAGGACAGAUCCGUUCCUACCUAUCCUAUAGAUCCUACCGCUCCUAUCACCAGGAUGGCUCGGGGGUUGGGGGCCUCACGGCCGAGGCCAUGGAGAAGGCCAGAGAAGCCAAGAGGAAUGAGAAACCACACAAACAAAUGCUCAGUGAAAGAGCACGAGAGAGAAAGGUACCAGUGACACGGUUAGGGAGACUGGCUAAUUUUGGAGGUCUGGCUGUAGGACUGGGUUUCGGAGCACUGGCUGAGGUAGCCAUGAAGAGUAUGAGGCCAACUGACAAGACUGUUCUGGACUCCAGUCCGUUCCUAUCAGAGGCUAACGCAGAGCGGAUCGUCAGGACACUGUGUAAGGUCCGUGGCGCUGCACUCAAACUGGGACAGAUGCUCAGCAUUCAAGAUGAUGCCUUCAUCAACCCCCAGCUGGCCAAGAUAUUUGAGCGUGUGAGACAGAGUGCAGACUUCAUGCCCAUCAAGCAGAUGACGAAAUCCAUCAACAACGACCUUGGCCCUAACUGGAGGGACAAGCUGGAUUCGUUUGAGGAGCGGCCGUUUGCUGCGGCCUCCAUCGGACAGGUCCAUCUGGCUAAGAUGAAGGAUGGCAGGGAGGUGGCCAUGAAGAUCCAGUACCCCGGAGUGGCUAAAAGCAUCGACAGUGACGUCAACAACCUGAUGACUCUCCUCACCAUGAGCAACGCACUGCCUGAAGGUCUCUUCCCUGAGCAUCUGAUUGAGGUGAUGAGCAGAGAGCUGGCACUGGAAUGUGAUUACAUAAGAGAGGCCAAAUGUGCCAAGAAAUUCCAGGAGCUGCUGAAAGACCACCCGUUCUUCUACGUACCAGACGUAAUAGACGAGCUGAGCAGCAACGCCGUCCUCACCACAGAGCUGGUCCCCGGCUUCCCUCUGGACCAGGCUGAACAACUCUCCCAGGAACUCAAAAACGAGAUCUGUGAGAAUAUCCUGAAACUUUGUUUAAGGGAGCUGUUUGAGUUCAGAUACAUGCAGACUGACCCCAACUGGUCCAACUUCUUCUACGACCCACAGACACACAGAGUUGCGUUGUUGGAUUUCGGAGCCACAAGAGGAUUUAGUGAGGACUUCACUGACAUUUACAUUGAGCUCAUCAAGUCAGCAGCAGAGGGAGACAGAGAGGGGGUUCGGAAGAGAUCAGUAGACAUGAAGUUCCUCACAGGUUAUGAGUCAAAGUCCAUGGUGAAUGCCCAUGUGGACGCGGUGAUGAUCCUGGGCGAGGCCUUUGCCUCCACGGAGCCCUUUAACUUCGGAGCCCAGAGCACCACGGAGCGCAUCCACAACCUGAUCCCUGUGAUGCUGAAGCAGCGCCUCACCCCGCCCCCCGAGGAGACCUACUCCCUCCACCGCAAGAUGGGCGGCUCCUUCCUCAUCUGCUCCCGCCUUGACGCCAAGCUCGGCUGCAAGAACAUGUUCCAGGAGGCCUAUAACAACUACUGGAGGGACCGCCCCAACCGACCAAGCCAGUGACGGACACCGCAGAGGGCCAAUCGCAGGGCUACAGCAGCAGGGUUAGAGAGGAUGUGUGGACUAUAAGGGGAGGGAUAUUGACCCUAGCCAGACUUGCUCUGCUGUUAAUGUAAUGUAUAUGGAUGGCAUUUUUUUCCUCGUCCCUCCCCCGAACCAGAAUCUGUGUUUAUGUAUGUGUGUGUGUGUGUGUGUGUAUGUAUAUGUAUAUUUUUUUUUUGUGUGUGUGCGUGUGUUAUUAGGAGUAUAUUAACCAUGGCUGUCCAGUUAACAUAUUCACAAGAUGUAUCAGAUGGUUGGUUGUAUAGGUUGAGUUAACUGGGAUAAAUGCCAUGAUGUGUGUCUGAGAGAGAAUUGUAAAGCUAUUGUGAAAUCAAGACAGUUGGUUUCUUGUGACGUGGGGAUAUGAUACUGUCUAAUGGGCAUAAAACCAGUGGUCAUGAUGAGACAAGUUAAAUAUGUUGAAGAACAGAUAAUAUACUGUUAAUGACCCAUAUUCUCCAGCAUGUGGCAGUAGUUCUAAUGUCCUAUGAGGACAAAACAAAUGAUAAUAUGAUGCAUACAGAAGUCUAAAAGGACGUUUUUCAAGUUUUUAGUCGCACUUAUGCAUAGUGCACACAUUACCAGGGUACAGACCAAUUCCUGUUGAGGGGGAGGAUUUGAGGACAAUCUCCUGUUAAGCCUAUCCCUAUAAACACAUUACAUUUGGGCCACCUGAAAUAUCAUAAUAGAUUUAUCAAUGAUAUGCACUGUCAAAACAUUAUUGCACUGUGUCAAGACACACUUAUUUCUGCAAGGUGGAGAUGGUUGAUGGAUGGAUCAUUGGACAUGGCCUUACUUCCAGUGCCUGAGGAAAUAAGAACAUGUAUUCUCAUUGACUGAUCUACUUUACCAUGGGCCUGUAGCACCAAAAUGGAGUGUUUUGGCACCAAAGUGUUCUUCCUGUGGCCUGGUGGGCUUAUGACAUUUUGACUAUAGUGUCGUUUAUUAACAGUGGGGAGUGACAACAGCAGGUUUUGCAUCAGUUGACAAAACUAUCAUACUAAGUAUCAAAACCGUGCUGUUUUGUCAUAAAAGCCUGUCUUUACUUUGUGAUGAAACGAUGGUUGAGGCAAGAGAAAAGUGAUCCUAAAUCACUUUUUUUGUGUGAAAAUAUAGUAUUUCUAUAUGCCUAUAGUAUUUCUAGAAGUUUGUUUAGAAAUGAAUGCCGCUAUGCAUCUUUAUAUUGAUAUCAGAAGAAGAGUUUUAAAAAAAUAUGAUUAGUUUUUCUAAGCAAUGACAUUCUUACCAAGGGUUGUGAUUAAUAUGAAAAUAUAAACAUUUUGACUCAACACUUGCCCUAA